AUGGCAACUUUCACUCUGAACACAGGUGCUACGAUCCCGGCCGUAGGGUUCGGGACAUGGAAAGCGGCGCCCGGAGAAGCUGCAGCAGCAGUGAAGACAGCGUUUGACGUUGGAUAUCGGCAUUUUGACUGUGCCCCACUAUACGGCAACGAGCGCGAGAUCGGAGAAGUAUUUCGAACCACCAAAGUACCUAGAAGUGAAUACUUCGUCACGACUAAACUGUUCGUCUUCACUUACACGCAUGAACAAACAUGUCUACAAUACCUAACCCAAGUUGACAGAUGGUCCUCAGACCACCGCCGGGUGGAGUCUGCUCUCGAUAAAUCUCUCGACGAUCUGGGCCUCGACUACGUGGAUUUAUAUCUCAUGCACUGGCCAGUAACACUGGACCCAUCCCCUAACCCAGAGGAAUAUGGCAAAGAGAACCGCAAAGUCCACGCAACAGGCUGGGACUUUAGCAACACCUGGCGGGAGAUGGAGAAGCUAUUAGCAACCGGCAAAGUGCGCGCAAUCGGCGUGGCGAAUUUCUCGACCGUGAACUUGGAAAGAUUGCUCCAGACGGCGAACGUGGUGCCGGCCGUUAACCAGACUGAAAUCCAGCCGUUGCUGCCGCAGGAUAAACUGCACGCGUAUUGCCAGGAGAAAGGGAUUCAUCAAACUGCGUUUGGGCCGCUGGGUGGGUCUGGGAGUACAUUGCAUUCUCAUCCGGCUAUUGUAGAUAUUGCCGCGAAGAGAGGGUGUGAUACCGGGAAUGUGAUGCUGAGUUGGGGGAUUCAGAAGGGGUGGAGUGUUAUUCCUAAAAGUACGAAUCCGAAGCGCAUUCUGGCGAAUCUUGUGGGGAAUGUUCAGUUGACGGUGGAGGAGAUGGAGAUCAUGGAUUCUUUGGCUGUGCCUAAGGGAAAGAGGUUUAAUCGGCCGGAUUGGGGGGCUGUGAUCUUUCAUGAUGAUGCAGACGUGGAUCUAGAGGAGUAG